AUGAGACCGAAACCCAAGGGCGCCAAGGUGCUGAAGAAUCUUGUAGAGCUGAAGAAAAACAAUACGGUGAUCAACAGCAGUGAUGAUAAUAUGGUUGAUCGACAACUCGCAUCAGAGUUGUGGUACCAUGGUCUACUGCCUAGAGAAGACAUAAAGAUGAUGUUACGGAAUAACGGGGAUUUUCUUGUUCGGACUACUGAGCCAGUCGCAGGGCAGCCAAGAGCAUUUGUGCUUUCGGUGAUGUUCAGGCAGGAACUGGAAGACCAAGGAGUGAGACUAAGGUGUGCGAUGAGUAGCGAAUUGGAUGGUCUUGAGACGCGAAUGUCGAAAGCACAAAAUAGGAAGCGAUGUGUUAUGAUGUCAUGGGAGUCGACGAAGUAA